AUGCCUGCUCCCAGACUACUCGCUCCUCGCUUGGCGACCCGUCGCUGGGCGCCAACAUGCCGUAGUAACGUGUUACCCCUAUCGAGUCAUUGCGCCCGUCCAGCGCCAUCAAGAUCACAGCAACGUAACAAGUCGACAGGCUCGCCGGACGGCUCCACAAGCUCUGCGGAUACAUCCUCGUCGCUCGGCGGCAGGGGGAGUGCAAAGACAAAGACGCCGCCCGUUGACUCGAAGCAAGUUUUCGCUGCUGGUCAAGCUCAGAGCAGUGCGCCCAUGGGGUCAGGCCAACGUAUGGAUCCCAUGACGGGCGAAGUGAUCGGGAUGGACGACAUUGACGCAUCAGCAUUGCAAAUCAUAGAAUCAGACUCACCAAAGGACUUGCCCCCUUCGAGCUCGCUCGUCUUCGGACACACCUUCACAGACCACAUGCUCGUCAUACCCUGGAACUCCGAAUCCGGCUGGUCUCCGCCCGUCAUCAAACAGUACGGCAAUCUGUCAUUGGAUCCCAGCAGUACCGUCUUUCACUACGGACCGUGUCUCUUCGAAGGCAUGAAGGCCUACAAAGACAGCCAGGCAAGUCGACAUGCCGAUCAGCAGCCUCGUGGUCGCGUGAGGAUAUUUCGACCCGACAAAAACAUGGAACGUAUGAAUCGUAGCGCCAGCAGACUCGCAUUUCCAAACUUUACAGGCGAUACAUUGAUCGAAUUGAUCAAGCGGCUCGUCUCGCUCGACAGGCGGUGGGUUCCCGCAGAGAAAGGUCACAGUCUGUACAUUCGUCCGACCAUGAUCGGUACACAAGCAGCCCUCGGCGUAGGAGCAUGUGCAGACAUCUUGCUCUUCGUCAUCUGCUCGCCCGUGGGACCUUACUACAAGACCGGCUUCAAACCCGUCUCUCUGCUCGCGACGAACAAUUAUGUGCGAGCUUGGCCAGGCGGAACGGGCGGUUACAAGCUGGGGAGCAACUAUGCGAGCGGCGUCGUACCCCAAGCUCAAGCUGCUGCGCUGGGAUACCAGCAAAUACUGUGGCUCUUUGGCGAUGACGAUCAGGUGACAGAAGUAGGCACGAUGAACCUCUUCAUGGCCUUUGACAAGGGCAACGGAGUCACCGAGCUCGUUACGCCGCCGCUCGACGAUAUCAUCCUGCCCGGCGUCACGCGCGAUUCGAUACUCGCCCUGGCGCGAGCGCAUGCAGAUCCCGAGACGAGCUUCAAGAUCUCCUCAUUACCCGACAAGCUAGAAGUCAGCGAGCGCAAAGUGACAAUGGCCGAGAUCAAGUCUGCGGCGAGCGAGGGCAAGCUGCUCGAGAUCUUUGGCUCCGGCACAGCAGCCAUCGUCAGUCCUGUCGAGCGCAUAGGGUCAUUCGUACCUUCACUCGUCACCUGCACUCUAGCUGAUAGCGUCAGAUGCAGAUACAACGGACAAUCGAUCAAUGUGCCCGUCGGUGCAGACGGGUUGGGCGAUAUCGCACGCUCGAUGCUCACCGAGGUCGUAGGACGACAGACGGGCGAGAUCCCCUCGGACUGGAGCGUCGUCGUUGAUUAG